AAGCUUGUGUGUGGGCCUCGGCGACAGCAGCACCGUUAGCCUCCUCACCGCCAACAAAGUUAACACCGUGUGGAAGUACGUUCGAUUCAACUGGCGAUUUGGAAUUUGGAAAGUUCGGAUAAUGACGCCAAGAGGAAAUGGAGCUACCACUCGGCGGGACGCUGUAUUGUUUACCACUUGUUAGUUGAAAACAAACCUUUCAGCUAGCUGGCUAGCGGCUAAGUGGCUAACGGGCGAGCUCGCGUGCCGCUUCACUUCCUUGUUGCGCCUCUGAGGUUAAUGGCAGGCGAGAAGUUCUGAACUUUUAACACUAACCUGUGAAUGGAUUUACUCUCUCAUACUACUUGUACGUGUCAAAGGAGCAGGACUUAAAAACCGGAAGGUCCCCAGGCUAUUACCUUUUGUCUACGGUUUGGAAUGCAAUGUGUCGCUGUAUACCGUUAGCUGCUGGGGGCUAGCUUGCUAGCAAAUCGAUAAUAUGCACCUGAUGGAGUCGACUGGUAACUAAAUGUCAUAUUGUGCGUUUUAUGUGGCAGAAUUCGUUAAUGUCCGCUACCACCAAAACUUCAAUCAAGCUAUCAUUGUGAUGCUAUUGUUAAGCUAACGUUUUCAUGUGAAUGGGGUUAGUAUGCUAACUAGCCCAAAUGUUUUGUUCCACUGCACACCCAGGAACAUAGUUGGGAUAGAGUACACAAUUUAGAGGUAAUUUUCAACAGGUGUAAGGCUUCAUUGUGUGGAUAAAUGCCUAAUUCAGAUGUACUUAGGGAUGGCCGGGGCCGGAGUCCCUCCACACAGAGAAGUGCAAACAGGCAGGAUAGACGUAAUGCUAGUAAGCCGGGCAGCAGUGCAGCUCAGCGGGAUAGACACCCUGACAAGAGAAGACCCUCUGCUUCCAAGAGGAAGAAACGCAGGCAGGCCAAAGAGAGAGACUUGUGGCAUAUGAGUGCCGUUGAAAGUUCUGUCAAUGACCGACAAGGCACUUUUGGGAAAGAGUCUGAACUUCGGACACUGGUCGAGUAUGAUGACGUGAGCUCCCAGUCAGAGCGCUUCUCAGGGAGCCCCUCGCCCAAACUGGACCACCACCACCACGUUGAUGGUUUUUCUGUGGAUCGACUCAGUGACUUUGGAGAAUAUAACGGACCAGCAUCUCCACAUAGAAGUCACCCGAGAGAUCGUGAGGCUGUUUUCCUCGUUAAGGAACCCAGAGGACCAUCAGAAAGGAGCAAACCAGGGAAAGACCUCGGACGUAAGAAGGACCAUCAGAAUCGAGAAAGAGGCUCCAAAGUUUGUAGCGUAGUUAGCCCUAGUGGCUCUAAAAACCACAGAGACACUGCGAGGAGUACUGACAAAAACGGCAAAAAAGCAGCUUCAAGUCGGUCCUUGCAAUCUGUUGAUAAACGAGAUUCCAAUAGGCAAAGGAGUAAAACGAGAUCGGAUAAAGAGACGCCGUCUGCGUACAGAGACGCUCCUCAGUCUUACAGGGAUGACCGUGAAGACCUCAGGGCCUACAGGAGAAGCCCGGGCUUGAAAGCAGAGAGUCCCUAUGGGACGUCCUACGGCUCAUACAGCUACCAAUCUCCAGUAGGUUACAACCAGAUGAUAUCAAGAAGAAGUCCGACAUUUGGAAGCAAAAGACUCUCUCCGACGUCUACUUAUUAUGGCCGAGACGUGGACAUGUAUGGAACGUACAACAUGCCCAAGUCGCCGAGCUCAUACUCUGGUAACAAGCGAAAGCGGUCCCCGGUGACUCAAGCAAACUGGCGCAGGUCCCCGAGUUAUGGCCGCCGCAGUCCGUACGAGCCGGGGGAGUUUGGUUCUAGUCCUUACGGAGGUCGACGGAGAUCACGGAGUCCCUACAGGAAGUCCCUGAGCCCAAGUCCAGAUGUCAGGCGAUCCGCAAGGUCUCGCAGCAGAAGCACCUAUUCUUCCGCCAGGCGCUCGAGUUCCAGAAGCCGCCACCGCCACUCUCGCUCCCGCAGCCGCCCCUCCAGCCUCUCCCCCAGCACGCUCACCUUCAAAAGCAGCCUGGCCGCCGAGCUCAGCAAGCAAAAGAAGGCCAAGGCCGCCGAGGCGGCCGCCAAAGCCAUGACCACCAGCAACGCAUCCACUCCCACAAAGGCGGCGGCGGCGUCCGCCGCUCACCAGCCCAGCCCCAAAACCAACCACGCAGCCAGGAAGGGCCGCCCCCCAUCUCCACCCGUACCACCACCACCGCCACCACCAGCAGUCGAGAAAGGACCACGGACUCCCACGUCAAGCCAGCCUCAGUCGCCAUCUGACAGGUCUUCAAAGAGGACCACGGAGCAGCAGACCAGCCGGGACAAGGACGGAAAGGGAAAAGAUGACGCCGUGCAUCGGGAUAACAGGAAAGCAACCGUGCCAAGCAAAGACAAGGAACGAGCCGCCGGGUCUCUCACCUCGAGUAUUUCAGGCCUAUCACUGCCCCAGAAUAUUCUGGAACACAUAAAUAAAGGCGAGAGCACAAAGGACGGUUCUGUCUCAGGGAAGAAGAAGUCAGAGCGAAAAGGCCGACCGCUUCUCACCGACCUCCCCCUCCCGCCGGUUCUCUCCAGCCGUACGUCUUCCCCGCACAGUCCGGCCGAGGAGAAAAAAACCCAAGCGCUGCGUAGAAGGCCGAAAAUGUGCGGCCCGAGAUACGGCGAGAUCAAAGAAACCGAGAUCGACUGGGGCAAACGUUGCGUGGACAAGUUCGAGAUCAUUGGCAUCACGGGAGAAGGCACAUAUGGCCAAGUGUACAAAGCUAAAGACAAAGACACCGCGGAGAUGGUCGCUUUAAAGAAAGUACGCCUGGACAACGAGAAAGAAGGCUUCCCCAUCACGGCCAUCAGGGAGAUAAAAAUCUUACGACAGCUCAACCACAAAAGCAUCAUAAACAUGAAGGAGAUCGUCACAGACAAGGAGGACGCUCUGGACUUUAAAAACGAUAAGGGUGCUUUCUAUCUGGUGUUUGAGUACAUGGACCACGACCUGAUGGGCCUUCUGGAGUCCGGCCUGGUGCACUUCAACGAGAGCCACAUCAAGUCUUUCAUGAGACAGCUGCUGGAGGGCCUGGACUACUGCCACAAGAAGAACUUCCUGCACAGAGACAUCAAGUGCUCCAACAUCCUGCUCAACAACAAAGGUCAAAUAAAGCUGGCAGACUUUGGUCUCGCUCGCUUGUACAACUCCGAAGAAAGUCGACCGUACACCAACAAAGUCAUCACGCUGUGGUACCGCCCACCUGAGCUCCUCUUGGGUGAAGAACGGUACACACCGGCCAUCGACGUGUGGAGCUGCGGAUGCAUCCUUGGGGAGUUGUUCACAAAGAAGCCGAUCUUUCAAGCUAAUCAGGAGCUCGCCCAGUUGGAGCUUAUCAGUCGGAUAUGCGGUAGUCCGUGUCCUGCGGUGUGGCCCGACGUCAUCAAGCUUCCCUUCUUCAACACCAUGAAACCAAAGAAGCAGUACAGACGGCGACUGAGGGAGGAGUUUGCCUUCAUUCCGCCUUCUGCGUUGGACUUGUUUGACCACAUGCUGAACCUUGACCCCAGCAAGCGCUGUGCGGCCGAGCAGGCGUUGGCCAGCGAGUUCCUCAAGGACGUCGACCCGGAUAAAAUGCCCCCUCCAGAUCUUCCUCUAUGGCAAGACUGUCACGAGCUGUGGAGCAAGAAGCGUCGGCGUCAGAAGCAGAUGCCCGAGGAACUGGCCGCCCCCAAGGCGCCGCGUAAGGAGCUGGGGCUGGAUGACAGCCGCAGUAACACUCCUCAGGGUUUUCCGGCGUCCGGGAAUAUCAAAGCCCCGAACGCAGCGGCUUCUGCACUGCUGGAUCCCAAAGGUCCGAACUCCCAGCUGACCCAGGAGCAGCUGGCAGUCCUGCUCAACUUCCUGGGUCCGGCCAACAGCGCCGUGAACUCAACGCAGUUUUUUCAGAACAUGAGCUCAAAGGUCAACCAGGAGACUCUGCAGCAGCUCUCCAAAGUCUUAGCACCCGGCACCGACGUGGCCGAGACCGCCCCUCAGCAGCCGCCCGCUAAGCCCCCGCAGCCCGCGGCUCCGCCAGGCGUCCCCCGCACCCCACCAAUGCCCAAGCCUCCUUCUCCGCCUCCCCCUACCAGUAUUCCGGAAGGGGACGCGGCGGCUGCCACCCAGACGGCCGUGACCAUGCUGCUGGCUCAGCUACUGCAAGCUCAGCGGUCGGAGGGCACUGAUGGAGGGGAUGCCGUGGAGGGCGGCAACCUCACAGCAGGACAGCCGCCACUUCCUCCCGAAGUCAAAGUUAAACACCCUCCAGAGUCCAGUCCGGUCUCUCCAGCGGUCAAGUUAAGCAGCAUGCCCAUCUUGCCCCCGGACCAGAGACCACCCGAGCCCCCAGAACCCCCUCCACACGCAGACCUGGACUACAGGCAGCCUCCACCUGAGCCUAAAACCGGCCACGCCCCUCCUAUAGCGUCAGCGGGCGGAGGCGACGGCGGUCGCCCACCCGAGCCCGACUAUCCGCCCCUCCCCACCGCGGAGGGCCCCGGGUACGGGGGUGACUUCAGCCACCCACCGCCUCCCCCCUUCACUCCUGCAGGGUUUGGGGACAGCUUCAUGGGUCACAUGUUAGGCGGAGGCCUGCCACCACAUUCUCUAAGAGAAGUCUUCGGCAGGCCCGGCCAUGCCGCACCCCCUGUCCCGACCCACCCGGAGCCUUUCCCCCUGCCGGGGGUCGCCGCCACCGGUCCCAACAGCAUGGUGUUCACCGGAGACAAGGACCACCGCUUUGAAUACAGUUCUCUGCCCGUGGAGGGGCAGCCCAGCAUGAGCGCCCUCCACCUGUACAACCACGCCAUGGUCAGGAAGGACGCCGUGCCCCCUCCACCGCCCAUCCCGGCACCGGGGCAACCGCCGCUACCACUCGGUUUUGUCCCUCAUGUGAACUCGAGCGCAGCCAUCAGAGGUCGAGGUCUACCCUUCUAAAAAAAAAAAAAAACGUAAAAAUUGUUGGUGGAGCGAACAAAGUUUUCAUGACUUGAAGCCUCUUGGACCAGACGAGACACUUUGGCCCCGGUCUGAGUCCGCAUUUGUGUCCCUCCUCGAUUGAUUUGUGGACUGCGGACUACAUUGCUGAAGGACAGCGGAGGAGCUUUUCUGGCUCGGACCAUUUUUCAUAUUUUUUUGUAAUUUGUUCUACAAGUCUUUUAAAUUAAACUUUUACCUGUUUUUUGUUUUUUCUCUGAUUGUAAAAUGAAUUCCUGGGUCGGGUACACUCUUGUCCUCCCUGAGUAGUAUUAUGUUUUGCACUACUGACUGAAGUAGGCUCAACUAUUUUAGCUAUGGAGUAAAAUUGUGUGCAUUUAUCUGCACAAUUACAAGGGUGACCUGUUGUUUUUUUUUUUUGUCUUUCUUUUUGUUGUUUAAUAGCUGGAACAUCGAGGGCCUGUUAUCAUGAGCACUCAAAACAAGUGGACUGGUAGCACUUGGAUGAGCUAAUCUGUUCUGGACAGACAGAAGCUGUUUUUUCUUCUUGCAAAUAGAAGUAAAAGUGUAAAAUGAACAAACCCAAGUUCUUUUUUUUUUGUAUUAAAAAUAUUUUGCCCUCCCCUUUUUUUUUUUUCCUUUGGCAAAUGUUUAUUAAAGAAAUGCCAUAGUGUA